AUGUCGCCGCGUGCAUGCAGCCGCCGGCCCGGCGACCGGAGGCCCCACUUGUCGGCCUUUGCGGGGCCGACGCACUGGGCACGGCAUCAUGCUCGAGGCCUUCAAACUCUGGCGCUGGAGGAGCGGGCGGGGGCACCUCCCCACACGCUCUCCCGCUAUCUACCUGUGGGCCUCUACACCUUGCCACUACACUCCACUGCCGAGGAGCUGCAAAAGGACUCCAGGGCAUACUUUGUGCUGGCAGAGCACGCUGCUUGGAAGAUCAUGCCCCGCUAUUGCGAUGCUUUGCGCCUACUCCAACAACGCUUGCAGAAGGUCAGAGAUCGGCUGCCUGAUGGUCUCAAAGAUCGCCGGGAAGCCCGCGAAGAGAUUUCGUUUGGUGGUGAGAUCGGUAGAGGCCUGCAAGGUUUGGACCGCGAUGUGGCCAUGGACGCACCGUCCGAGGACUUCCCUGCUUGCGUCCAGGGCUCGAGCGCCCCACGGGUGCUUACUACUCGUACUGCCACGACCAUUUGCGGAGGUGGAAGCAAUUUGACCUUCCGGCCUGCACGAAGGAGGUCACUGCAGAUGCAAGACCAGAGGCAUCCAGGCUCUGGGCUUCUCCAGCUCCAGGAGCAGUCCAAGAUGCCUCCAACUUCUCACCCCAGACACCUCGGCAAAUGUCUGGUCGUACUGCACUGA